GUCCAGCUACCCGGCCGCCCAGUCCCUCCUCCUGGCCAUCGUCGCGGACUUGGCGCGCGCCGGGCUGCGGUCCAAGGCGCAGGGCGCGCCGGAGUGCGAGGCCUCGGCGCCGCGCUGGCUGGGCCCCGACCCCUUCGACGACCCCCCCGCGCUGCGGGUGCACCGCGCCGCCACCACGGUGUGCGGGGCAGACCUGCAGCCGCUGGUCAGGCCCCUGCACGAUUGGCUGCUCCUCCUGACCUCCAAGCGCGGGGCCCUGUACGGCGAGAACGAGAUCCAGGAGUCGACGGCGCCCCUGCCGGCCGCGGACGCGGAGGUGUUGCUGAGCUUCCCGACGGGCGGGGGCUCGGCGGCGGGGCACUGGCGGUUCCUGAGCCAGGGCCUGCUGCAGUCGCCGCGCCGCGACGAGGCGGACCCGAGGCAUCCCAAGAGCUCCGUGGGAUUGAUCUCGGAGGGGCAAGAGGCGGGCCCGAGGCAUCCCAAGAGCUCCGUGGGAUUGAUCUCGGAGGGGCAAGAGGCGCGGCGGCUGGCGGCGCAGGCCUGCGCGGGCCCCGUCGCCCCGCAGCGCCCCCACGCCGUGAGGUUCGGCGCUGUGGACGGCGAAAACCGCGGCCCCAGGGCGAUGCCCGUGCCAGUGGAGCGAGAGGACCCGUGGUUCUGGCUCCGCGACGACACGAGGGAGGACCCCGAGGUCCUGGCACACCUGCGCGCCGAGAACGCGCACACGGAGCAGCGCACCGCGCACCUGUCCGAGCUCCGCGGGGUGCUGUAUGAGGAGCACAUCUCGCACAUGAAGGAGACGGACGAGGGCCCGCCGGAUCGGCACGGGCCCUGGUUCUACUACACCCGCACCGAGAAGGGCCUCUCGUACAAGAUCCACUGCCGCAAGCCAGCCGAGCCCGACCGGCGAGUCCGCGCGCCUGCCGCGGGGGCCGAGGAGCAGGUCCUGCUGGACGAGAACCGGGUCGCGGAGGGGCAGGCACAGUGCGUAGUGCAGGGCGUCAGGCCCUCGCCGGGGCACACCGUUCUGGCGUAUUGCGUGGACUUCUCGGGGAACGAGACCUACUCGGUGGUCUUCGUCGACCUGGCGACCGGGGGGGAGCUGCCAGACCGGCUCGAGGGGGUGCACGGCAGCGUGCAAUGGGGCAGCGACGAGUCGACAGUGUUCUACACCACGGAGGAUUCCGUGAAGCGGCCGUGGAAGCUCUGGAGGCACACGAUGGGGCAGCCGCAGAGCAGCGACGUGUGCCUGUUCACCGAGGAGGACGAGCUGUUCUACUUCUCCGUGGGCAAGACGACGAGCGGGAGGUUCAUCGUUGCCGGCAGCGGCUCAUCCGAGACGAGCGAGCUGAGAGUGCUGGACCUGGACGCCGGCAGCGAGAGCCCACUGCUUCUGCUUCAGGCCCGCGAGUUCGGGCUGCGCUACGAUAUUGACCAUGCGGGCGACUCCUUCCUCAUCUGCACGAACAAGGACAAGGCCCUGAACAACAAGCUGAUGAGCGUGCCCGUCAGCUCCGUGAUGGCCGGCAGCGGUGGCCAGGAGGCCUGGGCCGAGGUGCUGCCCUACAACCCAGCCAUGCAGAUAGAGGCCGUCCUCGCCCUGCAGGAUCACGUCGUGCUGGAGGGCCGCGAAGAGGGCCUGACCCAGAUCUGGACGCUGGGCGGGUCCCUCGAGCCGUCCUCCCUGCAGCGGCUCGAGUUCGACGAGGAGCUGUUCGAGGUCGAGAUCGGGGCCAACAGGGACUACGCGACCAAUUUUCUGCGAAUCCACUACAGCUCCCUCACGACACCACAGAUUGCCAUCGACGUGGACCUGGCCGACCCCGCAGGGAGCGCCCGGAGCGUGGUGUGGCGGAGGGAGGUCCCCAACUUUGAUCCUGGCAAGUACACCUGCCGGCGCUUCUUUGCUACCGCGCCAGACGGGGCGCAGAUCCCAAUCUGCAUGGUCCACAGGAAGGACUUGUACGACGGGGAGGGGGACAACAAGAAGCCAAAGCCAUGCUUCCUCUACGGCUAUGGGUCCUACGGGAUAUGCGUGGAUCCAGGAUUCGACGUUCACGUGCUUCCAUACCUCGACAGAGGCAUGGUGUAUUGCAUAGCCAACGUGCGCGGCGGCGGUGAGAUGGGCCGGGGCUGGUACGAGGAGCAGGGCAAGUAUAGGAACAAGCGCAACACCUUUACCGACUUCAUCGCGUGCGCCGAGCAUCUUGUGGAGCAAGGCAUUACAGUACCCGACAAGAUGGCCAUUGAGGGCCGCAGCGCUGGCGGCCUGCUCGUCGGCAGCGUUCUGAACAUGCGACCAGACCUGUUCCGCAUUGCGAUCGCAGGCGUUCCAUUCGUCGACGUGAUGAACACGAUGUGCGACCCGUCCAUCCCGCUCACGACUGGCGAGUGGGAGGAAUGGGGCAAUCCCAACGAGUGGAAGUAUUUCGACUAUAUGCUCAGCUACUGUCCCUACGACAACGUGCGCAGCGUGCCUUACCCAGACGUCUUGAUCACGGCCGGCCUCCACGAUCCCCGCGUGGCGUUCUGGGAGCCGGCGAAGUGGGCCAGCAAGCUGCGCACCAUGAGCACGAGCCCCGACCGGGAGGUCCUGCUCAAGAUGGACCUCGAGGUCGGCCACUUCUCGGCCAGCGACCGCUACCGCUACAAGCGGGAGAAGGCGUUCGACCAGGCCGUGGUGCUGGACAAGCUGGGGCUCGCCACGGUGGCAAGGCGCGACUAG